GCCUGUGCGGACGCCUCCACCUUUGCGAUCGAACCUACGAGCCUUUACAUUGAGAAAACCGGAGAUGCACCGGAAAUGACGUCGCCCAGUUGUACAAUUGCAAAGGUAGAAAGUUCGGAAUCGCGUGGUUUACGAGUAGAAAUCGAAGGAAUCGAAAGAGCGGAAUCGAGUGGUAUUUGGGGGUUUGCUUUGUCUCAAGUCUUGAUACUUCUAGCUCUACGUCUUCAUAAACUGCCAUGGCAAGCCACACUCAGAAUACCCAGACCAACUCAAAUGAUCAAGGACCAAGCCGGUGCGUUAAAUUUCCAAAAUAAACCGAGACAAUUCCAAUUCGCUGACUCUGAUCCCCUUCCCAAAAAAGGAGCAGGACCAAUGCAACCACAAGCUCAGAAUUCUACCACCUCACAAGCCGUCUGUACCCACACUGCACCAGGUUCCCUCGCAGAAUUCGACUUUUGGUUCGAAGGUGAAGAUCCUAACUGGGCCGCCGCGGAAAGAACGAUUUUGACAAUGCGUGAUGCGAUUAACCGAGAGGCUGUGGAGACUGGCACGGCGGAGAUCGAGCAGAGCGCCGAGGGGUCUGAGAUGGAUUUGUAG